AUGUCGCAGCUAUCUCUCGAAAACGACCUGUCGCACGCUAAACUGGAUGAGAUCUCAGCCUUUUGGUUUCGUCAUCUCCAAGACCACGACCACAUCAUCAGCCCUAGCAUCGAGGACUCGGCGCCAUGGUUCUCACAGAAUGAUGCUUACGACCAGGAAUGCAUGGAUAAAUUUGGCGCAUUGCUCGAACUCAUUCAGGUCGUAGAACCAAACGGAGCGGAAAUCAUAGCAGCAGCAAAGCCAUGCAAGCCUAUGCACUGGAUCAGUCUGAUCAUAUUGCUUGACCAACUCCCAAGAAACUGCUUCCGAGGUGCUCAAGCUCGUGUAGCCUUCACCGUUUUCGACAGUCUGGCUUUGGAAGUGGCUUCCAAAGCGAUUGACUCCGGUGCCCCCAUGGAUUCAGAAGUUCGCUUCCGACUGGCAUACAGAUUCUGGUUUUACAUGCCGAUGGAACAUUGCGAGAGCCUGGCAGUAGCAGAAUCGUUACACAAAGCACACUUUGACAUGUUCCGUGACUAUGAGAGGCUGCUAGAGAGGGAUGUCGAGGGAUGGGACGGUAAAUUCGCCCAGUACCGCGACGUGCUUCUCAAACGAAGGAGCGAUUUUGGGAAGCUGAAGGGUGUUAUUACUAGCAUCUGUGAAAGCAAGCUGGACGCACUUCGUCGGUUUGGGCGCUUCCCGCAGCGGAACGAGGUGUUGGGUCGCACUUCUACAGCCGAGGAGCUGCAGUUCUUGGACGGAAAGUGA